UAAAAUACAUUAAAAAAAUUGUAUUUAAGAACUACUUUUUAUGCAUGCAGAGUCCAUCACAAAUACAGAAAUAAUCCUCUUGUCUUCAUCGGUUUCGGAUUUUUUUCCUGUAUUCCUCCGCGCUCUCUACUUAGCUGUUAUCGGGACGGCGCAUAUAUGAGGAGGAACGAAGACCAGUGCUAAUUGUCAAGACAAAAGAAAACAGCAAGUACGGAAGUGGAUCAGGAAUUUUGUUUUGUAAAAAAUCUUUCUGUAUACAUCACAAGCUUCAACCAAAAAUAUACUGAUUCGUUUAUUGUUCUUCAGCAUCUGAGAUAAUGAGGUAACAUUUUAAGUUAGAAUACGAGCCUUUUUCUCUGUCUACGAAAGAAACUAACUUCAUUUAUAUGAGUUGCUGUUGAAAAAUGGUGGAAAUGAAGCAUUUGGAGGAAGAAGAUCAAACAAGCAAUGAGAUGAAAUCAUCAAGAGAAAUGUCAAAUACACAACCAUUAAAAAAUGAAGAACGGUUCACUUCUAGGCGUGACGUCAUCGGUGGUUUAUUUAUUAAUGUCAACCAAGAUCUGCUGGUUUCUAAAACUUUCUAUUUUUUCUUUUUCUCAGCUUUCGGAUCAUUAUUUCCACUACUGGCUGUGUACUUUAAACAAAUGGGAAUGAAUGCGACCCAGAGUGGUCUGCUUAUAGGAUUACGGCCCUUCAUAGAAUUCCUCAGUGCCCCCUUGUGGGGAGGAUUGGCCGAUCGUUUUAGGAAGGGAAAAGUAAUGCUUUUAUUUUCGUUAUUUUGUUGGAUUGUUUUUACUUUAGCUUUGGAUUUCAUCUACCCACCUGCAUCUUCUUGCGUCAUCUACAACGACACGCACCACCUGCUAUACACUCCUCGCACACAGCGUGAAAAACGAAGCUCUCUCAACAGGGAAGUGAUUGAAGAGGUUGAUCUUCCCAAUCUCGCUUUCAACUUAUCCGAAGAAGAGGACUGGCUAGCUAUGGAUUACGAGCACGAAAAUCAUCGGGCUUUGUCAAGAAACAAACGAGCGUCCUUUAAGGAAGAGAGACACAAACCCCCACCAGGUGUUGUGGUGGGACUUUCACCUAAUGAUGUUGAGUACACCCUGAAUUAUAAUCGGAAAGAGCACGAAACGUACGUCUCUCCUAUAAACAGUUCAAUAGUUUACAGGUACGAAGAUGUUCAAGAGGUAUUCUUCCUUCUCUUGCUUCUCAUUAUCUUGGGGGAGUUCUUUAGUGCCCCUGCUACUACUCUAGCGGAUACAGCUACGCUCUCCUACUUAGGAGAUAACACAGAUAAUUACGGUAAACAGCGAAUGUUCGGUUCUUUAGGCUGGGGAUUGGCCAUGUUUUUUGUAGGCGUAGCUUUGGACCAAUCGACGUCGUUUACGGAUCAUCCUUGUGGUCCUCAUUAUCGAGAAAGGAACUAUACAAUUUGUUUUGCAACAUUUUCCGUGUUGAUGGGGUGUGCUUUUAUUUCUGCAACCCAGUUCCGAUUUGAUUAUGAAGCUAUUGAAGACACAGUUCCCAUGAAACCUGUUGAACACGAGCCUGAACGUAAAGGAGCCACUAUGAAGAUAGGGACUUUGGUUAUUGACCAAGACAUUGAACCAGAGCCAGCGAAAGAGCCAGAGACCACUAAAAGCACAGUGUUCGCUCAAACCAUGCGCCGUCUACCGGAAUGGUUUACUAUCUUAAGAACUUUUGCAACCAUCCGCUAUGGAGCUUUCCUGUAUGUCACCUGGUUCAUGGGAUUCGGGAUCGGACUAGUUUUUACAUUUUUAUUUUGGCAUCUUCAGGAUUUGGGAGGCACUCCCACCUUGUUUGGAGUAGCUUCCGUUAUCAACCACACCUCUGAGAUAUUCGCCUACUUCUUCAGCUUUAAAUUCAUCAAACAGAUCGGACACACAAAGGUUUUAUGUAUUGGAUUGAUAGGAAACAUCUGCCGGUUCCUCUACAUCUCUUGGUUAAAGAACCCAUGGUGGGUUCUUCCGUUUGAGUUUAUUCAAGGAAUAACUCAUGCUGCUGUUUGGGCGGCUUGUUGCUCCUACAUCACUCAAGCAACGCCCUCUAAUCUUCGUGCUUCUGCACAGGGCGUCCUUCAGGGGUUACAUCAUGGACUUGGUCGAGGUUGUGGUGCCAUUUUAGGUGGCGUAUUUGUCAGCUAUUUUGGAACCCAGGUUACCUUCCGAGGUUACGGUUUUGCCUGCUUAAUUAUUCUGAUCCUUUUUGUCUUUAUCAAUUAUUAUCGGAAAGACAAAGGAUUCACAAGCUUCCAAGAUGAGCAGGAGCCUGAAAUGGUAGUCGAAGAGACGAGUCAUUUGGCACCUCAUGGAGUGCCUUCUAGCCCGAUGGCAAGAUCUUUAUCCAAGCAGAACAUUGGUGAAUUAGAUUCCAUGGGACAACCGAAAGGAGGAGUGGGGAACGGAGCGGGUGGCUAUGGAACCAGUAAUACAAGCUCUUACAACACAGGGGGAUUCCUGGGAGUUCCUGAUACUGGAGGGAAUUAUUAUAGUGGAGGCGGCACUACCAACUAUUCGGAUAUUAAUAUGAACAACACAGGUGGCUUCAGUAGAAGUGCCUUGGCAGCAGCCUUCAAUCCUAAAGGGAUUCUGGCAGCGUCACUGAGUCCUGAAAAAAGCUUAGACUUCAACCAUAUUAAAAGAGAUUUUCAGGCUUACAGCGAGGUUUUGGACAGUAAUGGAGUUCAUGUGCCACAAAAAAAUGACUCGUUUAAUGGGCCUGUCCUUAGAACUAGUCUAUACACCCCUCAACCAGCUGACUGGGAUGACCGCAGUUAUGACUGGUAGACAUGAAUGUGUAUAAAUCACUUAUUUAUUUUACUUCAAUGAAACGUUGGAAACAAAUUAGACGCGGUAGAAGUAAGUCUAUAUGGAAUUAUUAAUUUGAAGUUUUGUCGAUUUCAAAUGACAUAUUUCAAGACUACAACUUACAAGUUCAAUGUAAAGUCCCGCUAAAACGUUUAACGCUGAUGUAUCCUGUUAUUUAAAAUUAUUCAGCUGUAACUAUUUUAGUCGAAAUCACAUGUGGUAUAGUGCAUCUAUUGGCCACAUUUCGGUUACUGUAUAAGAUACUUCCUUUGAAAUACCACAGAAAGUUUCUUGAUAUAUUAGAGAAGUAAGUCUAAAUUAUUACAAUGUGGUGAAAUGAAACACGUAUUAUGCUUUUUUUUUUACUGUAUGCGCCAACAAUAAAUUAAUCCAAAUAUUA